AUGGCUGACCACAAGCCAAUGAAGAUUUUAUUGAUUGUACUAACAUGGCUAGUCUUCCUGGCUAUGAUGUUUUUCAACGCCAUGAUGGGAAUCGCCAGUAUGUACUUAAAAGAAUGGGAGUUGUUCGUUAGCAGCACUGGGAACAUAUCUGACAAGUACUAUCUUGAGAUUACACCUGCUGGUUGGACCUUCUCAAUAUGGGGAUUCAUCUAUGUCUGGCAGGCCUUGUGGCUCAUCUACGCAACUUGUGCCCUAUGUAGAAGAUCCGUUGAAGGGCCCCUUUACGUGUCGCCAGAUAUAUUUCCUUCGUCACUCUUCUUCAUAUACAUGUUCAACAAUGCUACUAACAUCGCAUGGUUAUUCUUGUUCGACAGAGAAUAUGUCGAAUAUGCCCUGGUCGCUCUCGCCCUGUGUCCUUUCGCCUUAUACAUUAUGAUGUUCAUCUCGUGCAAGCAACUCGACAAGUAUGGCUCUGUCAUGAUCCAACAAGGAAUGGGCAAGGACAUUUGGAUGGUAAGAGUCUUCCUUCAUAACGGACUUGGAAUCUAUGCUGCUUGGACCACAAUUGCAACUCUACUGAACUUUGCAAUGGUGCUUACCUAUUAUGCUGGCAUGUCGCAAGAUACAGCGUGUACCAUCUCACUUGGUGUUCUAGCAAUGGAACUCAUUAUCUACUUCGUAACAGACAACUUCUUGUUUGACAAAUAUCUCCGAUACACCAUCGUCCCUUAUAUUGUUGUCAUAGUGGCACUUAUUGGAAGCAUUGCGAAGAACUGGGACGUCACUAAGAGGAACUCAAUCUUCACAGCUGCACUGUUAGGGACAGCCGGACUUUGUUUCUUGGUCAAAAUUGUCCUCGUUAUUUGGAGGUCAAGGACACGUCCUAUAUUUGAGGGCAAGAAGAAACCAAUGAUCAUGUAA